CCAGGCCGCCUGCUGGACGUGCCGUGCCGCGUGUGCGGUGACCGCUCCUCGGGCCGCCAUUACGGCGUCUUCGCCUGCGACGGCUGCUCCGGCUUCUUCAAGAGGAGCAUCCGGAGGAACCGCGCCUACGUCUGUAAGGCCUCCAGUCAGGGCGGCUGCCCCGUGGACAAGAGUCACCGCAACCAGUGCCGCGCCUGCCGCCUGCACAAGUGCCUGGCAGCCAGCAUGAACAGGGACGCCGUGCAGCACGAAAGGGGCCCGCGGACAUCGACCAUCCGCAAGCAGGUAGCGCUCUACUUUCGAGGGACGCAAUUUCACCACCACCACCAGCAGCAGCAGCAGCACCUCCACCACCACCACCAGCACCACCACCACCAACAACAGCAACAGCAGCAGCAGGCUGGGGUGGUGUCGGUGGUCGGAAUGGCCCUGAGCUCGUCACCCGCAGCACGGACACCGCGGAAUCCUGAAGGUGGCACCACCACCACCACCACAACCGCCACCACCACCACCACCGCCACCACCGUUACCGCUACCACCACCGCUACCGCUGCUGUGAGCCGCGUCUCGCCGACGGGAGCUAUCGGCUUCUACUCGCACGGCGGGAGCGGCGAUGGGGUCGGAGCUCGAGGCGAUGGCAAGUACUCCAGCGACGGCGUCUGUCUCAGUGACGGAGGUUCCUCGUCCCACAACACCCCAUCUCUCCCCUCCGUGCCAUCGCUCCCCGUCUCUGCGGAGGUGCCACCCGGCGUGGCCGUGCUGCAGGGUGCCGCGUGCCCCGAGUCGGUGUGCGAGUCGGCCGCUCGCCUCCUCUUCAUGAGCAUCAAGUGGGCCAAGAGCGUCCCCGCCUUCUCGGCCCUCCCACUCGGGGACCAGCUGGUGCUGCUGCAAGAAGGCUGGCGGGAGCUGUUCGUGUUGGGCAUCGCGCAGUGGGCAGUGCCCGUCGACCUGAGCACCCUUCUGGCUGUGGCAGGGCUGAACGCGGAGGGGGGAGCCCUGGGCCGCGUGGCGGGCGAGGCGCGGUCGCUGCACGAGACGGUCUGCCGCUUCCGCUCGCUGCGCGUCGACCCCACGGAAUUCGCCUGCCUCAAGUGCAUCGUCACCUUCAAGGCCGUAGGCGCGUGUGGCCAGGAGCUCAGAGCCCUGCGCAGUGGAGCGGCCGUGGCUGCCCUGCAGGACGAGGCGCAGCUCACACUGAGCAGCUACAUCCACAGCAGGUACCCCGGGGAGCCGUGCCGCUUCGGCAAGCUGCUGCUGACGCUUCCUUCCCUGCGCGCCAUCAGCAGCGCCACCAUCGAGGGCGUCUUCUUCCGCAGGACCAUCGGCUCCGUGCCCAUCGCGCGCCUUGUCGCCGACAUGUACAAGAGCACCGACGUCUAG